AUGUCUUCAGAUUGGAUGCAAAAUGUCGACAUGGUACCGACAUACGAGAGCUACCAACGCACCGGCCGACUGCACAUCGCAGGCCCAGCUCUUCAGACCCGUCAGACAAACAUGGUCAGACUUUGGCUGGAGCAAGAAGGCACCACUCACUUAUGUGCGCGAGAUGCAAUACUCGCGCGUAAUAGCAACGAGUUGUUUGAACUCUCUGCCACAGCGUCCCAUAUCUUCGAUGACUUGGCCAUUCCCGAAGCGGAUCUCUCCGCUUGCGAGCUUUGCAGACUGAUCGCCCAGCUUCCUGCAUAUAAGACUGGAGAAGUAUAUGGACUUUAUGUCAUCAAUAUUCUCGAUGAGAAGGAGAGGCGUUCAGCCCUCGAUUAUCCCCCUGAGGAUUUUGUGAUGGGACUCGCAGUCAGUGAAGACAAUGGGGCUCGUUUCUCGCGUCGGAGACUGGGCUAUCUUCCACCACCAAUGAAGGGCCUUCAGAAGGAAAACCUUCUGAUUCCCGUUGAAACGAGGAACGCACCUCCUGGAGACAGCCUAUCACCAUUCCAAGCUAGACUUCUGGACCCUACCCAGGCCGACUUUGAGUGGGCAAAAGCUUGCAUUCAGGACUGUAGUGCCUCCCACUCAGCCUGCCACGCAUCUACUAGUGAUCUCUAUAACACUAUCGAUGUGAUAGAUUGCUUGUCAGACUCCCGGAAUAUCAUCUCACUACCAGUCGGGGCAGAAUACUUGGCAUUAAGUUAUGUCUGGGGCCCGCAACCACGCAAAGCAGAUCUAGCAGAAUCUUCAAAGCCGGAGAAACUCAAAGAAGUACCAACCAACGUCCCCAGGACGAUCGUCGAUGCCAUGGCUGUGACACGAGCUCUAGGUCACCAGUAUCUAUGGGUUGACAGAUAUUGCAUCGACCAGAACGACCCAGUCACCAAAGCAAUCCAGCUCUCCCUCAUGGACAAGAUCUACGAAGCUGCCAAAGUCACGCUCGUUGCAGCCAGUGGAGCUGACGACAGCGCUGGUCUACCUGGAGCAGGGACACUUCCGCCUAUUUCUCGCCAGCUCCAGCCAUCAACCUGGCUUGGAGAUCACAGGGUAGCAGCCGUAGGUCCGGGUGUCUUGACCACGGUCCAGCAAUCUAAAUGGGCUUCUAGAGCAUGGACAUUCCAAGAAGCGUAUCUCUCUACACGCUGUCUGAUCUUCGGACCUAAACAACUACAAUUCCUCUGCAAGACGACAUGCAAACACGAGGCAUUACCGCGUAUACCGAAAAUGAGCAGCUAUGAUCUAAGCGCUGAGACCAACAUCAACUCAGUGUUUGGCAGCAGGAUCUCAGAUACGGAGAGCAGCCGCAACAAGGGUAACAUGACAGUGCUGGAACGCUUCCAGUUUCUUGCCAAUGAAUUACUUAGACGGGAUAUCAGUUGGGAAUCCGAUACCCUCGAUGCAUUUCGAGGUAUCCUCAAUCGCGUCGAGUACUUCACAUUCUUCGGUGUGCCUCUUGUCACGCGCGAAGGUAGAGAGCUUCAAAAAGACACUCCAAACAAUACUUCUACUCCCUCCAACUCCGGUACCACCCCAGAGUUGCAAACUCCUCAAAUCGCCACCCUAGAAGACACAAAGCGCCUCAUCGCUUCAGCUCCCCUCAAUCUAACCCGCAAACGACACCGACCCAACCUCUUCCACUCAGGCAGCUGGUUCGACUACCCCUACGACGAAUUCCCCGGCCCAGGCGAGCCCUUCCACCCCUCCCCGGAACUCGCCUUCCUGUACGGCCUAACCUGGACCAUCGACCUCGAAGACAACAGCAUCAUCCCCGAAAAGCUCACCCGCCGCGACGGCAUGCCCUCCUGGUCCUGGCUAAGUCUCCAAAGUGGCCCCUUCCGCUACGAGCAUGACUUUGCAGGGACGACAGAACUCCCAGGCGAUGUACUGCUGAACCUCCACAGCAACAUUGAAGUCUGGAUACAGCAGAAACGGGAUGGGUCAGAGCCUUUACAAUCGCUACCUUUCAAUGAAGCGUGGAGUAGAAGUACAAGCAAGAUAGUACCUGAGUUCGGACCUUGUAUCAAGCUCGAGACGCUGACGGGAGAUAUCACCAGCCUUUCAAUCACACAGCGACCGUACGGACUCAAGGAUUGGUGCUUCAUUAUUAAGCUCGACCCAUCGCUUCUCAUCGAGAGAACCGAACGGGAACUGGAUAUUGCCCUCGAAUAUCCCUGGCUCGACGUGCCUGGUUUUGGCGAAGGAGAGUUCCUGAACCUGAGGUGGAAGAUAGCUUUAGUGCUGAGUACGACGUAUUACAACCCGAAACACGAAGAGGCGUGGCUGCAUGCGGAGCCCAGUACAGUGUUUUUGGUGUUGAUGCCGUAUGAGGGCGGUUGGAAACGAUCGGGGAUAUUGUCACUGCCGCAUGGGCAAAGAUAUGUGGACUUGGAUGCAUUAAAGAGGGAAAGUCUAGUUUUGUACUGA